AUGCACCAUGCGGUGUCCGGAGUUCAGUCAGUGAGAGGAAGCGUUCAGUGCGCCUAGGGCUGUUUUACGUGCAGAAAAUACUAAGUAACUGUGUGACUAGUGCGUAUAUAUUUAAGAAAAUCAACAUUUUUUCUUUCCUGAUUGCUACUGAGAGACUUGUGCCAGAAUGCGGGAUUGUUGCUGACCACCUCUUCAGCAGCUGUCUCUCUCUCUGUUGCUGUGUGUGUGGACUUUGACGGGGGGUAGGGGGGGACGGCGGACAAGGACAAAAUGCCACAACGGGAAUCAGUCACUCAGCGCUGUGUUUCGGACGGGGGGAAAAAAAAACAAAAAACACUGAUCGCCUUUUAAAUAUCCACUUUGGAUCUACCUUUAGUACUCGUCUGGAUUUUUUUUUUCUCCCCCUGUCUUCUCAUAGAGUCAUAUUUCUGUCUAACAGUUUUUUCCUCCUGAAGAACGGUGACUCACUGCAGGCAGAAGGCGAGCCGCUGCAUCCUAAUCAGACAGCGGGGAGGACUUCAGCUCAUUGACAUUACAGUCAUACUUUUCUGGAGCACUUUUUUUUUUUUUUCCACUGCGCUGCACUGUAGCCUGCGUGUGCAUCGGAGGCUUGUGGCUUUUUUGCCUGCACAGAGAGAAGGGGAAAGAGGAUACGGGUGGUACCUAGUGAAGUGGUCUGGGGAUGAAACUCUCCCUGAAUCUUGCUGGAACUGACUGUUUUGAUUUUUCUACAUAUUUCUCGGACUAUUACAGCAGUUUGGGUUUUUUUUUUGUUUUUGUUUUUUUGGGGUGGUAUGAGUGAACACUAAACAAUGACUAUUCUGUUUGGAGACUGGAUCGCGAUUAUUGCUCAGAUGAGUCUGGGCGCGUGGCUGAAUAUAAAUUAGGCGUUCGACACCACAGAUUGCUGGAAGAGGCAGAGAAAGAGAGAGACAGAGCAAAGACAAUCCAUAAAGACAAAUGCCAAGGCCUCACAUGAUGAACAGAACUCUUUAUUUGAUUCUGAAUAAUAGAAAAACCAAAUUUGAACAAAAUAUCAACAGGUCAAAGGAGUUGUAAACAUAACACAGAUUAUAGCAGCUUUUACGGAGUGGGGAUGUAUCUUUCUAUUUUCUUUUUCCUCCUCCUAUGGGCUCAAGCCCUGACAUUGAAAAACUUGAAUUACUCUGUCCCGGAGGAACAGGGUCCGGGGACAGUGAUUGGGAACAUUGCCAAAGAUGCCAGACUCGGACUCGAACAGAUUGGUCAGGGACAGGGUAAGAAAGCCAACUUUAGGGUGCUGGAGAACUCAGCUCCGCAUCUCAUCGACGUGGACCCGCAAAGCGGACUGUUGUACACAAAACAGCGCAUUGACAGGGAAACAUUGUGCAAGAGAAACCCCAAGUGCCAGCUCUCCAUGGAGGUGUUUGCCAAUGACAAGGAGAUCUGCAUGAUCAAAAUAGAUAUUCAGGACAUUAAUGACAAUUCACCCACGUUUCCCUCGGAUCAAAUUGAUAUUGACAUUUCUGAAAACGCAGUGCCAGGGACACGCUUUCCCCUGACCAGCGCGCAUGACCCAGAUGCAGGGGAAAACGGCCUGAAAACCUAUCAGAUAACACGCGAUGACUACAAUCUCUUCUCCUUAGAGGUAAAAUCCCGUGGGGACGGGACUAAAUUCCCAGAAUUAGUUAUUCAACGACCACUGGACCGAGAAGAACGAAGCCAUCACACUCUCAUUUUGUCAGCCACUGAUGGUGGGGAAUAUCCUAGGUCAGGUACCAUGCAGAUAAAUGUUAAAGUUAUCGAUUCCAAUGAUAACAGCCCUGUGUUUGAUCAGCCCUCAUAUGUUGUAGAAAUUCCUGAAAAUUCUCCUCCUGGUAAAGUCCUGAUUGAUUUAAACGCUACUGAUCCUGAUGAGGGCAACAAUGGACAAGUAGUCUAUUCUUUUAGUGGGUAUGCCCCAGAGAGAAUCCGGGAGCUCUUCUCCAUAGAUUCGAGGACAGGGGUCAUAAAGAUUCAGGGUGAAAUUGACUACGAGGAGAGCCCAGUUAUUGAGAUUGACGUCCAGGCAAAGGAUCUAGGUCCCAAUCCAAUCCCAGGCCAUUGUAAAGUCACUGUUAAAGUGCUUGACAGGAAUGAUAACUGGCCAUCUAUAGGUUUUGUGUCUGUGAGACAGGGAGCUAUCAGUGAGGCAGCACCUCCAGGCACCGUCAUUGCCCUGGUCCGUGUCACAGACAAGGACUCAGGCAGGAAUGGGCAGCUUCAGUGCAGAGUGCUAGGUAAUGUCCCUUUUAAACUUGAAGAGAACUAUGAUAACUUCUAUACAGUGGUGACAGACAGGCCCUUGGACAGAGAGGUGCAGGAUGAAUACAAUGUCACCAUUGUGGCUAAAGAUAAUGGCAUGCCUCCUCUGAACUCCACAAAAUCCUUCACUGUAAAGAUUCUGGAUGAGAAUGACAAUGUUCCACGCUUCACCAAGUCAGUUUACCUUCUUCAAAUACCUGAAAACAACAUCCCGGGGGAGUACCUAGGUUCAGUCCUGGCACAUGACCCAGACCUUGGCCAGAAUGGCACAGUGUACUACAGCAUAGUCAACUCCAAUGUGAGCGGGGGUGAUGUCAACACCUAUGUUAAUGUGAAUGCUGCUAAUGGAGCCAUCUAUGCAGUGCGAUCAUUUAACUAUGAGCAAAUAAAGUAUUUUGACUUUAAGGUUCUUGCUAAAGAUGCCGGAUCUCCUCACCUGGAGAGCAAUGCUACAGUGCGCAUCAGUGUUUUGGAUGUCAAUGACAACAUCCCUGUCAUAGUUCUCCCCCUACUUCUAAACGACACGGCUGAAAUCCAUGUGCCACGUAAUGUUGGUGUUGGCUACAUUGUCACCACAGUGAGGGCGGUGGAUAAUGACUAUGGUGAGAGUGGGAGGCUCACUUAUGAGAUCUCAGAUGGCAAUGAGGAGCACCUCUUUGAGAUUGAUCCAGUGACUGGGGAGGUGCGAACGGCCCACCCACUCUGGGAUGAUGUAAGCCCCAUCGUGGAGCUGAUCAUCAGAGUAUCAGACCAUGGCAAGCCAACACUCACUGCUGCCGCUAGGCUCAUCAUCAAGGCCUCGGACGGACGUCCUCCUGAUGGACUGCCACGUACGAAGGACAAUCAGAACUGGGACAUGUCCCUGCCUCUUAUUGUAACUCUAAGCAUCAUAUCCAUCAUGCUUCUCGCUGCUAUGGUGACCAUAGCAAUUAAGUGCAAACGGGAAAACAAGGAAAUCCGCACCUAUAAUUGUCGCAUUGCAGAGUACUCGCACCCUCAACUGGGAAAAGGCAAGAAGAAGAAGAUUAACAAGAACGACAUCAUGCUGGUGCAGAGCGAGGUGGAGGAGCGGGAUGCCAUGAAUGUGAUGAAUGUGGUAAGCAGCCCUUCCUUGGCCACCUCUCCCAUGUACUUUGACUACCAGACACGCCUGCCACUCAGCUCACCAAGGUCAGAGGUCAUGUACCUCAAGCCCACUGCCAAUAACCUCAGCGUGCCCCAAGGCCACGUGGGAUGCCACACCAGCUUCACAGGCCCAGUCACCAGCACUACAGACACACCUACUAACCGCAUGUCCAUCAUACAGACGGACAACUUCCCCACUGAGCCUAAUUAUAUGGGUAGCAGACAACAGUUUGUUCAAAGUAGUUCAACAUUUAAAGACCCCGAACGGGCAAGCCUCAGAGACAGUGGUCAUGGUGACAGCGACCAGGCUGACAGCGACCAAGACACCAACAAGGGCUCCUGUUGUGAUAUGUCUGCAAAAGAAGCCCUCAAGUUGAAGGCGACAGGCGUCAAACCACCACCACUGGAGCAAGAUGAGGAUUGUGUGAAUUGCACAGAGGAGUGCCGAGUACUGGGUCAUUCUGACCGCUGCUGGAUGCCCCAGUUCCCCGCAGGAGGAAACCAGGCAGAGGGCGUCGACUACCGCAACAAUAUGUUUGUGCCAGCAGGGAUGGAGACUGUGCCCGAGACAGAGACCUACGAGUCUGUCAACCCCAAUGGCAAGAAGACAUUCUGUACUUUUGGAAAAGAGAGGCGUGACCACACCAUCCUGGUCGCCAAUGUCAAGCCCUACUUGAAGGCGAAACGUGCCCUAAGUCCACUGCUCCAAGAGGUACCCUCAGCUUCUAGCAGUCCUACAAAGGGUUGCUCCACCAUGUCUCCCUGCUCCUCAGUCAAAAGCCCAGCUGAUGGGGCUGAAGGCAAACCUCCUCCUGCCACCUGCUCUGGCCACUACGGACCUCCUGAUGGUCAGUACCUGUCACCAACCAAACAAACCAGAGACCAGGGGGUCUACCCACCCUUGCCUCCCUCAGACCCAGUGGCCAAGGUGCUUGCAGAGGCCCGCUCCAGGAUCAGCCAAGAGGCAACAGGUGAAAUGGAGUGUGUCCUGGAGCAGGUGGAGCCUGAUGCGAACCGUGACAGGAUGGACGCUGACCAGGUGGUGAGAGACAUCGACAAAUUAUUGCAGGACUGCAGAGGAAGUGAGGCCACUGGCACACUCAGGAAGUGACACAAAGGACUCCAACUAAAAGAAAUAGGGAGGUAGAGAGAGGAAUAUAAUGCUAUUCCAAAAACUCUCAUGCCAAAACUGUCACUGUCACCAAAACAAAUCAAAAAGGUUAAAUUGCUCUUAUGAUAGGAGCUCUUUUCACUGUAUUUGUUGUUUAAAAGUACCAACACUGGACGAACAAUGGGAACAUUUAUUACUUGGCACCAGUUUUGGUGCUCCCUACCAACAAAAAAGGAACUGAGUAACAAACAUCUGAAUUCUGCUGAAUUUAUAAACUCUUUUUGUUUUGGAUUCUUAAGCAAAUUGCAGAGGCUUAUGCCUCUGGCACCUCGCAAGCUAUUAUCUAAGUGCCCACCAGCUCAUAAGUGUGUUGUUCAUGGUCUCUUGUGAAAUCCUACAUAUCUAAGUAUGUGUAGGUGGAUUUCUGUUAUGUGUGAUGGCCAUAGAAACUGAAUGAAAAAGGACUAUUUAUGGUCAGACACGACAAUCGAUGCGGAAGCAGAGAAACAAAUUCUAAUCUAUCUGGGACUGCGAAAAAUACGAAUACGAUCAAAAUACACAAAACAACCUUAUCUUUUUCUGACUUUAAUAUAGGUGUUUAACGUGUGAUGGAUCCUGUAUCUGAACAUGAAGAGACUGGUUAAUCAGGGGUGUGUUCGCAGGCGUUGGUUAUGGACUUCAAUGCUACGCUGAAGGAGAAUUAUUAACAGUGUAACCAUGUUUCACCUGUCAUUUGUAGCCACAUGUGUAAGUUGUGUCUGUCUCACGCCUCUAUUUAAACAUUCAUGUUGCUGGCCAUUGUAGUUGCACGCACCAAUUUCACACAUGUGCACUACACCUGCUGAUACACUGACAUGCACUGAUGCCCCUACAAACACACACACACACACACAUACACACUAAUGCUUACACAUACACACUAAUGCUUACACACAACUGGCCAUCUGUGUAAUUGUCUUAUACAUGAACAUCAUCAGCUUUCAGUCCCUUGUGUACAGUGAAUUAUCAUGUGUGUGACUAUGCCUUAAGGCAAUCACAAGUUGUAUAAAAAGGGACAUUUUUCCUCAACUGUGAAAAGAUGAUAUCUAUAUGAUUAUAUAGAUGAUUAUAUGUAUGAAUCCAUGUAUAGUGUCCAAAUAUUAACAAAAUAUUUAUACAUUUUUUAAGAAAAAAAAAAGAAAUGAGGAAUCUCAGUAAAAAAAAGUGUCCUCGGAUUAAGGUCAAGAGCGGGGUGUUAACUCAAAGAACUGCAAAGGACACUGCCAUUGUUUCGAAGACAAAUAUCCAAAAAUGUAAACAAACAAGAAAAUGUCCCUUCACAUUAUCACUAUACAUAAUAUCAUUAUAUGUGUAAAUGUAUCCGAUUUAGAUGUGUUUACAUCAAAAAAUUGACAUAUUUUUAUUGAUUUUACUGCAAUUUCUGUGCAUUUGAGCCAAAUUGUUAUGUGUACAAAAGCUAUAUUGUGUAUUUUAUUAAAUUAAUAUAUAGUUGUGUUGCAAUAUACAUGGGCUUAUAUUGUAUUUGGCAAAAGUUGCCUUAGUAGCUGUCGAACUCUGUGAGUUUGCUUUAGUUUGGGUUUUUGUUGGUGUUUUUUUCCUCUCUAUUCUGCAUCUUUGCAGGCUGGCUUCAGUGCUUUUGAGAUGUCGCCUCUUUUUACAGUGAGAUCCAGCUGGAUCAAAUACAAUAACUGUUGAAAGCUUAAUGAGCCAGCUGAUCUAGAAUACAAUUCAAACCAACAACAAAAAGCAACAACCACAAGAUAACAGUUUGAAUAUUUUUACUGAGCAGAUUUUUACAGGGCAGCUAUUUUCUUUAACAAUAACUAGUAUGCGUACCUUGUGUUCAUUAUGUUUUUACUUUCUUUCCAAAAAAGAAACCUGCCAUAUGGAAAGUGGAGUGGUUUCCUUGGUGAUCAUAAAACUGCCUUACUGUCUCUGCGGAGAGCUUGUUGUAUCUGUGGAGCUUGUGACUGCUUAUAAAGCCCUGGUCCACCAGAAUGUGCAUUUUCUAUAAAGGACCAAAAGAGGUUCUUUUUCAGCAGUCUGUGUUGUUUAUGUAUGUACUCCUCUAUACAUGUUAGAAUUCUCAUACUUUGCAGAGAAACUUGACAUCUGAAAUUCUAUCUGAAGUUACUUUGGAUUUGAUGUCUUAGCUGUUUAGGUACACGGUUUAUAUAACCAAGUGUCUUCACAUUCAGGCUUUCUUAAAAAAUAAUGAUACAGACAUUUAUUUUUGAAAAUUUUGGCACAUUUCGGCCACUCUCUGAACUAAGAAUGGGAGGUGCUUUUUCUAAUAUUCUCUGACAGUAAAAUAAGCAGAACAGUAGGCUAUUAGACUAGAUGUGUUCUGGGAAAUAUGUCCACAAUCACCAAAUCUAUGUAAGAUGUAUCCAUGAGAGGGAACAGUUACUUACUUAUGGCUCCUGGUGUGCGUACUGUAAACUGAAUCUGAGCUGAGUUGGAAUUUUGACAGCAGAUAUCACACAUGUCAUAUCUAUUUCGGUAUUUCUGUUCUUGCUUCUUUUUCUUAAUCGAGGUACAUGUUUAGACAUCCUCCUGUCAUUCUGCCAUUCUGCUGUUAUCUUUUCCCUGCUUGCCAUCUUUUUUUUUUAUUAUUUCACUAUCCAUUUGCUUACUUUUCUCCUCUUCAGCUGUUUGCUUUCUUGCCUCCAAGGAGCAAAGUAGCUGUUAGCUUUUCUCCUCUCUUUCGUCUGUAAAGUAUUUUGUUUCGGUUUACCCUUGCUCUUUUCCUGGGAGAUGGCAGAGGCUGUUUUUAGAGAGCGCUCUAAAGAAAAAGGAAGGAAAAUAUUCAAAAAAUAGAUUUUUUGUUUGUUUGUUUGUUUUGUUAUCUGUCUCAAAUAUCUGGCUAAAUAAAGCAAGCCUGACAUUCACACCAUACAAACGGCACAAACAGUUAAAAGUUGUUCAAAGUGCACGGUGCAUCUGUGAGACUUACAGAAAUGCUGUAUUGCAAACACACACAUUCACACAAACACCCGGGGACUUUAGCAACACACUGCCUUUCAUUUAAAUGCAUAGGUAAAGUAAAGGCUGAAAGAGAGGGCAAAACACUACCCAGACAAAUGUGACACUUCCACACUUGUCUUCAUGGCUUAUUUUCUUUUUAUCUCAUUGUGCUCAGUCUUCAUGCUGGAUCAAGCAUCCUUCAAUGUGUGUGUGUGUGUGUGCAUGUGCUUGAUUCACUUUCAUGCUCUCAUUGUUUGCCAAAACAAUUCCCUUCCUUCUUAUUUAAUUUAUGUUACCUGUGUACUAUAGAUUUUGUUCCAACUCACAUUAAACCUUUGCUGUGGUCUCUUUAUUUUGGGCAUUAAUUAAAAACAAAGUGCAGAGGUCACCCCCAGGAUUCUGUCUUUUCUCAGUUUGGCUGCCACAAACAGUCAGUGUCACAGUUCAGGCACAUUUAAAGUGCUGUCCCCUCUAAUGGUGUUCUCUUGGCCUGGCUACUGUCUGUACACUCACAUACUGUGAUGAAAUGGGCUGGGUCCAGUGGAUGGAAGGUACUCUUUAAAGCCAUGCCCCCUCUCUCAGGCUAUUUGCUGUCUAAUAGAGCAGAGGCUGCUGCUGAGGUCAACACAUAGUUGGAGAUUGAGCAUAAUGUAAGGCCUCUCAUUAUUGUCUAAUUACACACUGUUGGUAGUGCAUUACUCAAAUCUAGAGUGGGUUAUUUUUGCCCACUUGAGACUGUUGGUUUUACCAAGUGAUUAGGACCGGGCCUUGUUGAAUGUGGCUAACCGCCUGUGGUCUCUGACUCACACUGAUGCAGGUGCACACAGACUCAAGACAGCCACUGCUUCACACACAUAGAGACAACAUGCCAUUUUGGUUAGUUAAAACAAGCACCCAAUGUUUGUCAGUGUCGUCCCCUCACCCCCAAGCCCACACUGAUAGCAUAGGGCUCCACGCUACAAUGGGCAACUGGUGAAAAGACCAGAGACAUUCAUUUGUAUGGAUUAUUUCAACUGCUAUUGUCUAAAGGCUGUGUUCAUUGUGAUCUAUCUGGAAAAAAAAA